CGCUCCCGUCAGUAGUCGGUCGCUCUUUUGCGCGGGAAACGUAGACGGGUGUGGAGCUGUGCCGUCCAAAGUUCCGCGGACCGCGUCUUGCGAGCAGUUUGGUUGUGCGGUGUAUACUAGUUGAGUUUGUGCUCAGUGCUUGAAGAAGAGACUUACGUGUUAAAGUGAGUUCAGUUGGCCGAAUCAUGUCGGAACGUGCCCUCAGUGGUAGAAUGGCAAUUAUGGCAAGGAUGCUGAAGUGUGGUAGAAACUCUGAAACGUCAUCGAUUCUUUGACAAAGGAUUUUCAUCAAAACCGAAAUGUACAUCUCAUUUGUGGUUGUCAGUUGAAAGUUUUACUGAAACUUCGUCCUACGCUCAGCAACCGAAGGAUGCCCCCGCUAGUGGCGCGCUCGUGGGCGUGUUCGUUGGCGUGCGUGGCGCUCCUCGGCUGCCUGGUGAGCGCCCCGUGCUCGGCCAUGGUGCUCGGCCACUACGCGGGUCACGUGGGCCACCUGGGCCACCCGCUGUCCAAGCGCUCCUUCUUCGACAUCCAGUGCAAGGGUGUCUACGACAAGAGCAUCUUCGCGAGGCUCGACCGCAUCUGCGAGGACUGCUACAACCUGUUCCGGGAGCCCCAGCUGCACUCGCUAUGCAGGAGCGACUGCUAUAGCACCGUAUACUUUAAAGGGUGCCUUGAGGCCCUCCUGCUCAAGGAGGAAGAAGCCAAGUUCGACCUGAUGAUAGAAUCUCUGAGCGGAGGGUUGCAGUAGCGCGCUAUGCCACGCUACGCCACGCCCCACCCGGACCCCCGCAACGCCCCACCCCGCUAGCAACCGCGCUACCACAAACUUAUUCUAGUCCUCAAGAUGGUGAACAAAAUGCGACUCAAUCACCCAGUGUAUUUUAUUUAAAUUAUUAAUUAUUAUAGUUAUUAUUAGUAUUAUAUCAUUAAAUGUUUAUAAGAUUGUUAAGGUAUUUGCGUACAAACUAACUAGUGCUGCAUUUGUGAACAAACUUUCGUCCUCUAUUCUCUAUUUGUGCUUCUCGCGAGUAUAUUUCUGUGACCCUCCUCUCCUCCCUCUCCUGGCAUCCUGUCCUCGUUCGCUUUCUCGCUCCUUUCCUGACUCACUCUCCCCCUCGAUCUUCCUUUUAAACAUAGGAACUAGCAGCGAAGGAUUAGACUAUUUUGUUUGUCUAUUAUGAUGUGUGUGGUGCAAUAAAGGAUUGUGCGCCAAAAACUCAUCUUGAGUCAAGUGUCAUUUCUAAAUUAAGGUUUGGUAUGUCUGCGUGUCUGGAUCACCAGAAUGAAGUGAAUGUAGUUGUAUGCGAUUUUUAGAACAUUUUACGUUUUCUAAUGUGUUUAACUCGCUUGAUAACUGAUCAUAAUUUAGUAAACACCUAAACCGAAUCACGAGUGCGUUAAGUGGUUACUGUACCUGUAUACGUCUCUGCUAUAGUCCUGUAAACUAAUCUAAGGAAUGGUUUAUUUUUAAUUGUAGAGGGCGUAAGGAAUAGUGCUAGGAGAUAUGCGACUCCGAUCACUUUGGCACUCCGGCUCUACGAAAAAAUGAGGCAAAUCUGUUUUAAUUUUUAACAGUGACUGUCAGAUGGGAGAAGUGCUAAGUUUUUCAAGUCUUAUUGUAAAGUUUCAAUUUUUACUGUGAAUAGGCCAUUUUCAAAUAUAGUUGCAGUAUAGAAAACAGAAAAGCCUAAAAGCUUUCAUAUUUUAAUUUCAAAUACAGUUUUUAGAGCGUUCCCAAUAAUAAUGCUAUGGGCUCAUUUGGUACUUAUUUGACAGCCUCACACUUAACAACCAUAUUUUGUUGUUGUUAUUUUAUUAUUUCAUUUUUAUAUGAUUGUAAAUUAGUGUCCAUCUGGUCUUUUUGAAAGCUAACAAAAUGAGCAGGGCUGGUAGAUUAUCUGCUCCAAAAGCUUUUUGAGAUGUAACUAACUUCCAUAAGCUAAGUUUUUUGCAUGCAUCAAAACAAUGACAACCAAUGUUUGUUUUUUUCUCAUUCAAUCACACUAUUUAAAUGUUCAGCAAAAAGUAUACCACAUACUGUAAACGGUCUUCCAUCAUCACAACUUUGUUUUUGGCAAAAUUGGGGUUGAUUCUAAGACCGGAAAAUGCGCCUAGUUGACCUGGCGUGUAUUAUUUUUAUCGAGACUGCCAGCUCUGUCCGCUGGAAAUUUCAUUUUCCUCUGAGCUCGGCCGUGUGGCUGAGGCCAGCCCGGAGGGAAAAUCAUGAGAAAACGGUCACGCUCAGUAUUACAAAACAAUCUCAAUAAAUCGGAAUAAGUACUGCUGAAAAGCAUUGUGUGCUUUCUUUUUACUGUGUAGUGAAUGUAAGAUGGGUGGGAUGUUGUUGUAAGUCUGUGAGCAUUCCAAUCUCUACCCCACCCGGUAGCAGUUCCUUUUAAUUCAAUUUGUUUAAGUGACCAAAGAGCUAAGCCGACAAUAAUAUAAAGCCGUUUUCUAAUAAACAA